GCGAGCUCAGUGGUCGAGCUGUUGGUUUAUCACCUCAGCUCUCCCGUCACAUCACCUCUUCAAAAAUCGAAAAAGGUGUUAUUUCUUAUAUAUAAUCAUUUUCCCAUACAUAUUCAUAUAGAUAUAAUUCUCGAAUGGAGUUCUGCGCAGGGAAUAAACGCUUCUCGAUACUUUACCACUAGGAAAAUGAAUUAUUUGUCUACAUUUUCUAACAUUCUGACUUUUUUGCGACAGUAAACUAUAUUAGCAUGUACUGGUGAACUUUUUUUUUUUAACGGUAGCGGUAAACAACAUUUAAAAAUAAAUUCGGAAGCUUCAUCCUCUUCGGUGAAAGGAAGAAAGGACACUUCGACGUGUUUAAAACAAGAACAACAACGAACAAUGUGUGUAAAGUCGCCUCAUCUAUGUGGGUUAACGGCAGCACGGAGUUGACCAUGCUAACCUGCUUCUCUGGACACAGUAACUCCAGUGCUGGACAUGCGGGUAUCGGCGGCGCUACCGUGCUCCUGGCCGCCUUAAUGAUGACCCUGGUGGUCGUGGUGGUCGUGGGAAACGCGCUGGUCAUCUUUGCCUUUGUCGUGGACAAGAGCCUCCGAAAUCAGAGCAACUACUUCUUCCUUAACUUGGCCAUAUCUGAUUUCCUGGUCGGAGCGUUCUGUAUCCCCGUGUACAUGCCCUACAUCUUGACAGGCCGUUGGAUGCUGGGCCGUGGUCUCUGCAAGCUGUGGCUCGUGAUGGACUAUCUACUCUGUACCGCCUCCGUCUUCAACAUAGUGUUAAUCAGCUACGACCGCUUCCUGUCUGUCACCAGAGCUGUGAGGUACAGAGCACAGCAGGGAAUGACUCGGCAUGCUGUGGGAAAGAUGCUGGCCGUGUGGCUGCUGGCUUUUCUCCUCUACGGCCCCGCCAUUAUCUUUUGGGAGGAUGUAGCUGGCGAGAGCAUCGUUCCGGCUGACGAGUGCUUUGCAGAGUUCUACUGCACAUGGUACUUCCUGCUUAGUGCAUCUACCUUUGAGUUCUUCUCACCAUUCAUCUCAGUGACCUUCUUCAACCUCAGCAUCUACCUCAACAUCCAGCGGCGGAACAAGAGCCGUGCAGCUCACCGCGGCGCAGAGAAAGAGGACGGCUGGAGGGUGAUGGACGGUGGUGCGUCACCCUCAUCCGCAGUGUUCUUUGUCAGGACACGCAAAGUCUCCUCCAGUGAACCAGCAGCCGUUUCGGCUGUGAUCGAGGGAGACCUGGAGAUUUCUCCGUCCUCCAGCGGAGACCCCAGCUGCAGCCACUCAGUCUCUCUCUCUCUGAAGACGGUCAAUAAGAAGAAAGGAGCAUUGAGCUGUUGGUUAAAGACACGCAUGAUCCAGUCACAGGCACCCAUGAGGAAUGGGGAGCAUUCACGCCUCUCGCGGGACAAGAAGAUCGCCAAAUCUUUGGCAGUAAUAGUGUGUGUUUUCGGCGUGUGCUGGGCUCCGUACACCUUGCUCAUGAUCAUUCGUGCAGUCUGUAGCGGCACAUGUAUAGAACAUCACUGGUACGAAGUCACAUUCUGGCUUCUCUGGCUCAAUUCAGCAAUCAACCCUUUCCUGUACCCACUGUGUCACAGCAGCUUUCGCAGGGCCUUUGCUAAGAUCCUUUGCUCGAAACGGCAAUCUGUCAGGCCGCACGAGGACACCCCAUCCUGCCAGUGACAGCAGAUAAGAUUUCACACAGUCUGCAAUUGUCAGUGGGGAUUAUGUGUGAAUGUUGAGGCAGCAGCCUGUAAGAUGCUCGUGUCUGAGAAAAUCAAUGAGAACACAGGUAGCUUAAUUGUGCGGCGUGAAAGCGGUUUUUAAAUGUCCCAUAGAGAAAACAUUUUCAUUUUGGAUUGCCCGUUUUCGUUUUUCAGAAAUCCACAUUGAUUCCACAUGAAAUCCACAUGAACGAUAACGAUGUUAGCUGGUGAAUUUUUUUAAUGCAUGAGCAUGUAUAGUUCAUUCUCUGAUUAUCCUCUAUAACAGUGAUGUGCAUUCAGCUAGACAGCACUUAGAGUGUAAUAAUGCCAAGGAAAGCAGAGGAAAAAAAAAAAGAAGAAGAAAAAAAAAGUUUUGUGGAGACUUUCUCUGCGUCCCUUUGCAGCACUCUGAAUGUAGUCUGGUGUUGUUUCUGAAUGUGAGAUAAACUGGUGUUAAGUUUUUUCCCCGUGUUUUCACAGGUUUGAUUUAUAAUUUGGAAUGACAGCAGAACUUGAGCAACUGUUCUGUUGUUUUAAUCUGUCGUAUUAACAAAUAAUGACAAAUGGGAUCUCAAUUCGAGUGUGUGCGGAUGUCUGGACCCACACAUGGUGUGUGAUUGUAUUGUUGGCACUUAAAUAAUGAAUUGUGACUUAGUCCAAAAAAAAAAAAAAAAAAAAAAAAAAAGUUAAGUUUUUAGAAACAAUCAUUUAAAGGGUGAUUUUUUAAAAAAAAAAAUCCUUGUACAUAGUUAUAUUUCCUCUGCUUCUCAAUCGAUUUGUUGUUUGCAUAAAAUAAACUUGACAUUUGUGACCACUUUAAAAUGCCAUGCAGUAACAAACGCACUACAGGUGUCCGUUAUAAGCAGUCAGCCCUAAUGUCUAGUUAUCUUUAGUACUACCUGAAACAGUGACUAGACCUUUAUCCAACUGCAAAAUGCGAACACAAUUUUCUGAGCAAACAGAAUGUCUCAUAAAUGUCAUGUAACUGUCCCUUCUGUCUUGCACAGAAAUUUAUUUGAUUUAUUUGUCCAGUGCAGUCCAAAUCUCAUAUUACGACUUGGAUCCAGCGCAGAGUGCUGUAGUGAACUGCUCCAUUCCACUCCACACUUUAAAAAGUAAAAGCUAUUUUUCCUGAUACACUCAAGAGCACUCGUGUCUUAAUAGCUCAGAUUUAAGCAAAGGCUAAUUAAACAUCACUAGCAUCCUCUGCAAACCUAAGGUCUGUUAAAACAGCCAUUUCAUCAAUGUUAUGUGUUAAACAGCAAAUUAAGCUGAAUGAAGUAAAAUAAGUAAGUAAGUAAAUAAAUAAAUACAGGCAAAGGAGUGAAAGGUACGGAACAUUUUCAUAGAUGUAAAAAGCAUUUUGAUUGGUGAAUAAUAUUUUUUUCUGAAAAGGCGUGGAGUUUCAUUAUAUUCAUAUACAACAUAAGUGUUCUACACAAAUCAGUAUUCAAACUAAGUUCCUCAUAUUCACUGACUGUUUUAAUGAGUAAUCUCUCUCAUAGGUAAUGGAGAAAAUAUAUGGGCCAAAAUCUGUGGAUCUGUCAUUUAUUCCACUGACAACAUGGCAUAAAACUCGGUGAAGUAUAGUGUAUUGGAAAUAUCUUUUAUAUGAGGAGAAUAUUAAUUAGGCCAGAUUCCUGAAGUUAUCUUGUGACUACACGUCUUGAUGAAACAGGAAAGCAGGUCAAAAAUCCUCAAAACCUUCACCACAUUUGUCACUGCCACAGUACUGCGUUAAGAGCGCUGCUCUAAUGUGUGAUCUCUCCUUUUCAUUUCCAAAUGCAUUUUUCCUUUUUGGACUUGAUGAUGAUGUAGGCCUACUACCAAUAGCCUAUCCUCAUAACGUAGCUAGAAAUCAAACAGCUAUUGCAUGUCUUCACAGCCACCUUUAAUAUUCUCUUGUUAGAUUGUGGGUGAAGACAAAACAGAAAGAGACUCAUUAAAGAGCUGGGAACAGCGUCAACACACUUCCACUUUAGGCUGCACUGCAGUUUAAAUCGUGGCAGAAUGAUCCAGUGCCCAAGGGCAAAGCCGAUGUGGAAGGCAGGCACAAACUCAUUUAAGAGUGUUAUCUCAUCCACGCUGCAGCUCCAGGAGCCUGAGAGCUUAAUGAACUGCUUUACACGCUCAUACACAUGUUGUGCCUCACACAGCUGCUGAUAAUGCUCAUAUCGAUCGCUGGCUUGUAGUUUACAAGGAACCCGAGCAUGAGAUUGAUCCAGUCCCAAUUAAUCGUUAGACCUCUUGAGAGAUGAUUUGUUUUGGAUGGUGGGUUUUUAUUAACGCGUAUAUUAAAACUAUGGAUGCACCGAUAGUUUUUUAGAACGUGUACGAGCUCAUGUUUUGUGAGUACUUAUUACUACACAAUCAGGGGAGCGUCGAGGAACGUUUUAUUUAGCUCUGUGUUGAUUGUGGCCACGUAGCAGUGAACUCCUUGUGCGUUAUGUUUGAGAUGUUGUGGUGUUUAAACAGUGUCUUUAAUAGCAAGCACAGGGACAGCAGACCUGAGUAGACUGAGCAGCAUCAGUGAACGUAGUUGUUAAAAUGGAGUGCCGUAAAUUGGAUCUUGAAAAGGAAAGGAAGCGCCUGUGGCUCAGUUCUCACAGAAGUGAUGUGCUCUCUCUCACAUGCAACAUUUCUCAGCACACUUGCUCACUGCUCCUCCCUCGAAUACCUUCGUGAGCACAAUUCAUGGCACGUUGCUUUCAUAUUGCACGCCUUGUGAUACUGCUCUGCAGGUUCAUGUCUUCCGUCCUUGUGCCCUCUAAUAAAUUAGCCACACAAACCACAUGACGCUUACGCCGCAUAGUACUGCCUGGUCCUGGAGCAUCUUUAUGAACAUCAGAUUGAUGCAUCCCUAUUAAAAAUCUGCUCAUGGUAUUUACUCUUUCACUACUAGUAAACAAAACAUCUAAGAGAAGCUUUGAACUUUUUCAGAACCGGAUGCAGAAAUGGUCUAAACAAUGAUCAUCACGAGCAUGUCACCAACCCUAUAGGGCAGUGAGGCUGGAGAGAAGAGCCUGUGGCAAUAGUGAUGUGAGUUUUGUCUGCACACAUACUAGAUGAAAGCGGGCGGUGGGUGAGGACGGUGCUGGCAGAUGGUCAGUGGGUGGAUGUUGUACAUUUGCAUUGUUGUGACAAAAGCAAGAUAAUAAAUGAGCCCCACUGUACCGAAUGCUGGUGCCACCACAACCGUUUUUCUUCAAAAACAUUUUGGACUUUGAACAAGAAUAGAAGGGGAAACAACAAGCUAGAAAAUACAGCUGUACAUUUUAAAACAGAACUCAAGAUGAUGUUCCAAGCACAGAAUCACAUCCCAUUCAGAUGCUGAAUGACUUGGAAAAGCGAACACUGCAAACUGAUUAUAAUGAAGGAUAAUAGAUGCUGCAACCUGCAUGAUGCAACUGAUGAUGUUUAGUUGAGACUCAGAGAGAGAGCUCCGUACCUGCCAAGGUAUUCCAAAAGGAAAGUCAGGCAUCGAGAGUCUGCUGGCAGCUGGUCAAACCGCAUGAACAGAAUUCGAAUGGCUGAGAAGAAGAGCACAUGCAAUAUGCAUGGCUCCACCAGAGGAAACAAUGAAUGUUUGCAAGACUCAAGUGUGAGAGGAAAGUGAUGGCGCUGUAAUGAGUCUAAUUUGGCAGUUAGACGACUAGAUGAGAGGAGGCAGCGGAGUACAAUAACAAAAUGGUGUAGCAAGACGAGUUUUUGUUUGUUCGAGAGAGACAUUUUUAGAGCAAAGCCUGUGCCGCUGCAAGAAUGUUCAAUUUUCCCAUGAUAACAGACUGGGGUCUGAUGUUUUAAAAUUACCAAAACAAUUCAACACUGCAGUCUUGAAGAACUUCAACUCAGGAACAAGCAAUUUACAUCAUAUAAACAAGCGCGCACACACACACACAAAUACAAGAUAAAAGCCAUCUGUUACGUUUAUCUUGAGAGAAGCACUGUAGAUUAACCUUCAUAAAUACCUGACAAAUUCCUUACACAAAUACCCAAACUCACCCUGACAAUCUGUGCUACCAAUAACUUGUCAUGAUUUCUUCUAAAUAUCUUCACUGCCUGCUACGUACCAUUCGGAGGGAGACUCUACGUAUACAUUUUUUUUAAAAAUUGUUUGCUUUUUGUAGGAGAUAAAUGUCUUCCCAUUGGAAGGAACAAUUCAAGCACAGUAUUGCACAUGUUCUUAUUGGAGAAUCUUAAAAUUUCACAUCACAUUCUCCAUGGUUUAUUAAUAUCACAAUGCUAUAUCGUAAGGAUUUAGUCUGCCAAAUCUCCAUGUGCUGAACAGAAUGUUAUCAUGAGACCAUGAAUAAUCCAUGUGCUUAUUAUCCAAGGAUGUGCAUGCAGGAUU